AUGAUGCAUGAUAAAUACUUGUUUGUGAAUAGAGUUAUGAACUUAGAAAAAUUAAUGGAUAUGACUCACAUUAAAGAUUAAUAUUUCAAGAUUCAUGACUUGUUGCCAAGUAUGGAUUAAUUUAUCUUAGAGGCUUACAGAAUACCUUCACAUUUUAUGGAACUUUAGAAGCGUAUGUUCAAAGAAUUCAAAGGCAAGAAUUAGGGAAAGUACAAGCACCAUUCUUAAACUCUUAACUAAAAUGACACAAAUAGUAUUGAUGAGAGCAAUAGCGAUUUUGUUUGGAUUCUUAAGAAGGACGAUAUAUCUCAAAAGAAAAUCAUGAUUGUCAAUCCUGAAUCUGCCAGUGAUAUUUCAAAGAUUUAAGAAUAUCUACCUUGCAUUGUUCAGAGAAGACUUAAAAAACCUUUAACAUUCAAUAAAAACAAUGUAAUAGACUUAUUCUUAAUGAUUUAGUGUAUUUUAUCAGCAUUCGUACUUAUAUCUGACUUUCAGAAUCUGAAAAUACACAUCUUGAAUGAGACGUAGGUUAGAUUUUACUAGGGGAAUUAUUAUAUCGGAUACGAGACAAAGUAUAGAGUGGAAUACGAUAAACUGAUAAGCAUUUUGAAGAUGAAGAAUGUCCCUUUAUAAUUUACUGAAAACUAUGAUGAGCUAUGGAAUCUAAUCUGCUAGCGAGUAAUCAUGACAUUAUUCCUUCUUUAUAAUGAUGAAUUGCAAUUUUAAAUUGAUGAAUUGGGUAUACCUUGGUUACUCCAGAUUAGAGGGGAUUUCAAUUUUAAGAUCAAGGAAAAUGUCUUUGAUGAUUAAAAAGCUCAUCUUUUUAAUGAGCUCAUUAAAAUCAUUGAACAAAAGAUCAUUAAAAUUAGAGAAGAUGAGUAUAAGCAGACAGAUUAUUAUAAAAAUCUCUUAGCUAAGGCUGAAAAGACAGUCGAGAAAAACAAAGCGACUGAGCAGUAGAUCUAAAACACAAAGAUUUAUUAGAAGAAGCAAAUUAAGAUUUAAGAAGCAUUGAAGAUUGCUUAGGUUGAAGGAGUUGCUUCUGCUUUUUAUCUAUAUAAAUAAAGAAAUGACACUCUCAUGAAUAGAAUAAGAUCGAUAGAUAGAGACACCUUACUUUUAUCUGAUAGGACCAAUGACAAGUGUGUAGCUUAAAUGAAUGAAGCUCAAAAAGACAAAAUUAGAGCUAAGAUUCUUGAGACUAAAAACCAGAGCCAAUUUAAAGUUCAAAAACUGUUUUAGGAUUAAUUAGUAGAGGAUGUAGAGAGAAUAUUGAAUUGCUUAGAUUCAGAUGAGAUGAAUGAAGAUUUGUAUUUGAUUAGAAAAGUAGAUGCUAAUUUUGUUAAAGAGUCAUUUAUGACUAUCUAUCACAAGAAUAAAGGUGAUGUGGAUCAUUUGAUAAAGAACUAUGCUGUAUUGAACGUGCUAGCUCAUGAAAAAGAAUGGCUUGAACAGUAUAUAAAAGGCAUAAUAGAAAACCAAAGAAAUGCCAAAGUGUUUUUAGGCCUAAUAAAGGAUAAGUUAAAAUAAGCUGAGGUUGAAGGCUUAGGUACAGCUAAAAGCUCAGAGAAAGAAAAAGCUAAAAAGCAAAGAAAUUAAAGAGUGAAAUCUUUACUAAUGAAUAAGAAGGAGGAGGGCUAUUACUAUAGAAAAUUUUCAAUAAGAAACAUAGAUGGCAAUUUGACUUAAAGGAUGAGAACGCCAAUGAUGAUGCUGAAAUCACUCGGUGAUGUUUAGGAUAAAAAAAACAAGGAAAAACUAUAGAAACUUAUAGAUAUCUUUUUUAGUCAGCAUAAUGAUGGACCCCCUAGACCGUAUAUGGAUAGAUUUAAUCUUAAAAUUGAUCCAGACUUCAAUCAAAAUGAUUUUCUGAAUGAUUCACCUCUUGAUUCACCUAACACAUCUAUGUAGUCUAGAUAAGCUUUCUAGAUAAUUCCUAGAGAAGAAUAAUACGGCAAGAAGAAAGCUAGAAUGAGAAAGAAGUAUCAAGCCUUUACUAAUAAGAUUAAGAUUGAUAAUGAAAAGCUGUUUAACUUAGAAAGACUUGUUUCUUCACCAAAAGUUAUUAAUAGCAGUAGAGAAUAGGUGAAGUAAUUUUUCCAUGAAAAUAAUGACUCUAUAUCAUUUUAAGAGGAGUAAUUUUCAGGUCUGCAUUAAUCCGGUUUGAGAUAGCUUAAUUCAUCAAAUGACCAUGUUCCGAAAUUGCAAAUCUAAUAAAACUACAUGAAUGUUGUAAAUUCCCUUAAGACUAUUCAAGAGCAAAAUAAUCAUUAGCUCACCCCAUCCUUCAUUAGACUUACUAAGCAAUCUUCACCCUUGAAUUCAAUAUCCAUUACAAGAGACAGUUAGAUAAAAACUCCUAUCAAUGAUAAAAAGAUUGCACUCAAAUCUGGUGCUUAAACAUCGAGGCAAUCAAGACCAGAAGCUAAAUUAGCAUAGAUUAGCAAUAAGAUUAAUAUUUUUAUGGCCAAACCUCAUGCAACAUUUUAAAAUCCUAACACUAAUAGCGAGGAGUUGAAUGAGUUAAAGAGAGUGGCAUUAAAGAGUGCAAUACCUGAAAUAAAUCUUAACAAACUAAAGUCUCUCAAUAGACUAAAUAAUUGCCAAUCAGUGGGUAAUAUAAGAUCAAGAAAUAUUAUGGCAAAUUCAAGAACUGCUAUAAUUUCUUCAGAAUAAGAUUAACUACCACACCUAGCUACUGAUCCCAAACUGAUAGCAGUAAAUAGUGUUUAGCCACUCCCUAUGAUAAAUAAGUCAAGUUUAAAAUCUCAUAACAAUUAUAGCCACAAAAGCCAAAAUCAAGAUAUCUCUAUUAAAAAUGGUGAUAGGAGACCUAUCUCAGCUUUGAAUUUAAGUCAAUCACAGGGAAAAUAUCACUUAAAUCAGCUUUUUCCAUUCAAUUAGGCAUCUAAGGUUGAGAUUUAACAGGAACUUGCAAGUAUUUCAAAGAAUGAGCCUUUGGAGGGAGCUUGCGGUUCAAGAGAAAAGUCAGUGAGACUAGAAGGAGUACCCGAGGAGGAAAACUACGUUUUUAAGUCAGAGUGCAGAAUCAAAUUGAAUGAGGUUGAAUACCUUACUUUCCAAGGAGCAAUCAAGCGCUUUGGAUAUCGUAUCAAUCUAAAUGAUGAGCAUAUCAAGAGCAUCAGCAAGGAAAUCAAGUUGGAUAUUUAUCAGAUGAAUGACGUCAAGAAUUCAGCUUUCCAUAUUGUUUAUAAGGACACCAAUAAAUUCUUCAUCCAAGCUAGACACACAGUCAAUAACUUACUAAAACUUGGAUUUUUGCUGUGCAAGCACAAUUCAGUCGAAGACCAAGAGAAAGAGCUUUGGCAUUUGAUCAACCCUCAGCUUCAAAAGACUGUCACUAAGGCUGUUGUAUAGGAAUUACUCGAGGACCUUGCCUAUAUUGCUAUUGAGAUGAAUAACAAUCUUUUGAAGGGUACAGACAUUGAAGAUAGUGAAGAGAAAAAGAAGGCCAUUGACUAUUUGAACGGAGGACAAACCAAAAGAAAUGAAUUCAUUGCUAAAACUCUUUCAGGUCUAGGAGAUCAAGUAACAAAGGAGGAAUUGUGUGCAAGAAUUAGAAACGACUACUUCAAAUCAUUUAUGCUUAGACUAGCAAUUACUGGAAAGAAAAUAGUACAAGAGGUCAAGAAUGAAGCAGCUCCAGUUGUUAAAUGA